AUGGCUCGCACCAAGCAAACUGCUAGAAAAUCUACCGGAGGGAAGGCCCCUCGUAAACAGCUAGCUACGAAGGCUGCGCGCAAAUCGGCCCCAUCUACUGGUGGAGUUAAGAAGCCUCAUCGCUACAGGCCCGGCACAGUUGCUCUGCGAGAGAUUCGUCGGUAUCAGAAGUCGACUGAGCUCCUUAUCAGAAAGCUUCCUUUCCAGCGUCUCGUCCGGGAGAUUGCACAGGAUUUCAAAACUGAUCUUCGUUUCCAGAGCGCCGCCGUAGGUGCUCUCCAGGAGGCUUCGGAGGCAUACCUAGUCGGUCUUUUUGAGGAUACUAAUCUAUGCGCUAUUCAUGCCAAGCGGGUGACCAUUAUGCCCAAGGACAUUCAGCUGGCCCGCAGAAUUCGUGGCGAGCGGGCGUGA